UAAACCCUACACCCUUUUACCUUCUCUCUGUCUGAGGAACUAUGGGGUUUUUCGACCUUAACAUUCCGUACGCCGAUUCGACGCCGCCCAACAAUGCGACAUCCGCCGCCACCAAAUCCACGCGCAUUAAAAUCGUGAUCAAAGCGAUGGAGCUGGGUUACACGGGGAUCGCAUACGACCGUACGAUAAAGGGCGUCAUGUCUGAUCGCCACCGUUGCUCAAUCCCUCUCCUCACCCUCUCCUCUCUGCUCAAAAUCGCCCCCUUUCUCUCCUCUUCCGUCAACUUCCACCGCGACCUCCUCGGCGUCCCUCGCUCCUCGCCUUUCCGCCAGUACACGCGCCUCACCGUCUGCGUGGACACCGCGUCGCAGUCACAAGUGUUAAAUUCGGGAAAUCCGAUAUUGAAGACGUACGACAUCGUUGCGGUUAGGCCGUUAAAUCAAAAUGCUUUUGAUCACGCAUGCGAAAAAGCCGAGGUGGAUAUAAUUUCAAUUGAUUUCUCAGACAAGGUGCCAUUUCGAUUGAAACUGCCUAUGGUUAAAGCUGCUAUUAAGCGUGGGGUUUACUUUGAAAUUACGUAUUCUUGUCUUAUUGUGGAUGUUCAACUAAGGAGGCAAAUGAUAUCCAAUGCUAAGUUGCUGGUGGAUUGGACUCGAGGAAAGAAUCUCAUAUUUUCUAGUGCUGCAUCUUCUGUAUGUGAAGUCAGAGGACCAAAUGAUGUUGCAAACUUAGCAUCUUUGCUUGGUCUCUCUAUAGAACGAGCUAAAGCAGCUAUUUCCAAAAAUUGUAGGAGUCUUCUGAUUAAUGCUUUGAGGAGAAAGCACUUCUUCAAGGAGGUCAUCAGAGUUGAAGCGGUGUCAUCUAGUGGGCCAUUUGACUCUGAGAAACCUGAGUCUGCGGACUGGCUUAACUGGGAUCCGAUCUCUAGUGGUGAAGGUGAUUUAUUGCUGGAUGACAUGGCAAAGUCCUUCUCUGCCUCCAGUAAUGUAUCUAAAGCUGUGAAAGUCAUUGAUUUUGAUUCUGUUAUUGACAACAUGCCAUCACAUGGCUUCCAAGUUAAGGAUUUGAUACCUGGAACUAAGACUGCCUCCCAGUCACUGGCAAAAUUUACAAACAUUUUGGCUACUACUGAGCCAGUUGAGUUAUCCAUUACAACUGAUCGGCUGUCUGAAAAGCCCAGCAAGCUCAAUCUUCUUUGUGAAACAGACAAGGCUUCACUAGAUGAUACACCUUCAGAACAUUUAACCUCUUUAUCUGCGGAUUCUCAAAAGUUACACCUGGCAAAAGAUGCUACAAAAACUUCAACUGAUUCUGAGGAAGUGGUAACUAAUACAACCACAAUUGAGGAAGAACCAGAGACUCAUAAUGGCUCAGGUGUAGUAUUUGCCUCAGUUGAAACUGAAAGUCUGGGUCUGCAGUCUGACAACUGUAUUCCUGGUUAUGAACAAAAUGCUGCGUUACUAAAUGAGAAUGUGAGAAUUGAGGCAUCAGGCAAUGCAUUAAAUGCUGUAAUGCUAAAUGAGAAUGUGACAUCUCAGACAUCAGCCAUGGAUAUUGAAUCAGAUGCUGCUUGUAAUGCUGCUAGUUUGGAGAUUUCUCCUCCAUCUGAGGAUAAUAAUUUACCUUCUAUUCAGAAGAAAGAUUCUAAGAGUUCAAAAGGUUCUGAUGUUAAUUUUGGUGCAGAGACUAUUAAGGUGGAUGAUGUUGUAGUCCGUAUGGAUAUAGGUAUUGAACACCAGGAAAAUGCAUCUUUGGUUGAUAAUAUUUUGGAAAGCAUGUCAUUGAGGGGUCCUGAAGAUGAUGCAGUUAUUGCUGAUCAAAUUUCAUUUCAGUGGUCUAAUGAUGAGAUGGGAGUUAAGGAUGACUCUGUGGUGGCAAACCAUGAAAACCAAGUGGAGUUGGUGAUGGGAGAGCAAAAGCUUGCAGAAGAUGAUGACAGAAUGAAUGAUCCUUCCUCAGUCUUUAGGGAUGAGUCUUUGCCCAAAGAUGUCCUUGAGAGAGAACUAACCACAGUACCUGAAGAUGAUGGAGGUCUUGCGGAUUUGAAUCCUUUUCCAGAGUCCAAUGAGGAGAUGAAAGCUAAGGACAUCACUUCAACUACAACUAAUGAGAUCCAAGAGGUGGCAUUGGAAGGGCAAAAGCGUGGAGAACAUGAUAGCAAAAGUAAUGAGCUUCUUUUAGGCCAGCGUAGAUUAGGGAAACUGAGCACUAGCCGGAGGACUCCUCAUCGAGUUCAUUUAUUUCCCUUACGGCGUAACUUAAAAACUGUUCUGCGCUUUGCUACUCUGCCUAGUAUCUACUCUAGGCCCAGAAAUGGAGAAACUGCUCCAAGCCCAAAUGAGGGCCAUUUAAUGUUGUGCUUCGUCUAAACCCGCAACCAGAAUCCAGAAUGUUCUAGCGCAU